AUGUCGAUUCAAUCGCUCCACCAACUCGCCUCAAAGAAAAUGGCCGAGUACAUUGUCGAUGGUAAGUCUUUUUCCUUUUCUUUUCCUAUUAUAAUUCAACUUUUUCAGAGUCCCUCGACGUAUCCUCAAUUGUUUUCCCUCGACAAGAGAGCAAUGCCAUUUUCGAGCAUAUUAUCAAGAUGAAGAAGCCGGAACGUUCUCUAAAUGAGGAUUUGCUUGAACAAAUGACUGGAUUCAAUACGAGCCGUGCCAAUUUCAAGGGCGUCGAGAUGACGUUGACAGACGUGGCUUUCAUUGGCGAGCAGAAUCUUGAGAGCUUUACACUCGGAGACACGAUUCUUCUCAUGGACGGAUAUCAUGUUGAGAAUGGUGAGUGAUGACGAGCGUUCGGGGGAGUUCUAGUGACUGCGACAAGUGCUCCGAGAAAACUAAUUCAAUGUGAAUCUAAUUUCAGACGACAUCAGCCUGAACAUUGAUUUGCUGAUCAGGGACAUGUUCAACGAUUCGACCCGCCAAUCCCUCCGGCACCUGGACAUUAGCGGAUGGGGAAAUUUCAAUGGAGACUGGCUCAGAGCCAUUGGAUCCAUGCUCCCGAACGUUUCGAGCUUGAAUGUAGCUGGAAGACCGGUCAACAUUCGGGUUCUUGUUCAGAGCUUUCCGGGGCUCCAAUACUUAAAUGUCUCGAAUUGUCAACUUGACAGUUUGGAUGGCAUCUCUGGACUGCAAGGGCUCAGAGUCUUGAUCAUGGAGAAUGCGUACAAGAUUCGGGACAUGACGGAGCUGUUCGAGCUGAGAGAACUACGAGUUUUGAACAUGGCAUGGUGUGUUGAAGUUUAAAAAGAAACAUAAUUGUUCAUCCACUUGUUUUCAGCCCAUCCCAAUUCAAUGCCGACGGUUCGAACGAUGUCGCUGCCAUUUUCUGUGAGUGCCUGGAGGAUGGAUCCCGACUGCCCGAGCUUCGUUACCUGGACCUCUCGAAGACGACGCUGAAUGGACGGGAUGUGAAGAGAGUCCUAAAGUCCAUCCCGACGAUCCAAAAUUUGACUCUAAUUGGAACGAACAUCGCUCUCCGAGAUUGCGUCGGCCACAACACGCACACUCUGGUCUCAACAACCAAAGCCCUGGAGCACUAUUUCUCAGAGGACAGUGCCCUGAUGAUUGAAACCGUUCUGCAGGAGAGUUGUGUGCUCACCGACGAUUUUCACAUCGAUGCGGCGAGCGGCUCGAUCUCGUUCGAACACAUGCUGCAGUUCGUGGAUCUCUUGCACAAGAUCCUUCUCCGAUACGGAGACGAGAAUGUGAUUCAUGGAAAGGUGGUUGAGAAUGUGUGGGCGAUUACGCCUGCCAUAUUCGGCCGCGUCAUGGCUGAAUCGGACCGCGAUCGUAUGAGCUUCAAGAUUAUUGUGUUGAUGAACAGGCUUCUGGACGUUUAUGGAGCGUACAAUCGCUCCAUUCUCAACUGCACACGACUCGCAACCUCAUUUUUAUUCUCGGCGAUCCGCGACCAAAUAAUAAUGAGCACGCCGGGCGUCAACGUGCAAAAGCUCGUCCUGUUGACGUUCGAAUACUUGGAGAGGCAGAAGAACGACAGCGAGGUGGUCGGCCUCUUUUUCCAAAUCCUCACGGAAGUUGAAGUUGCCGACACCGUGAAGACUAUCGUCUGUGGCUUUGAUGAAGAGCAGCGAAUCAAUGCACAGCUUCUUCUGCUGAGCCUGAUGGAAGUUAUGAUGGCGAACUUGACGACAUGCUUCGGAAAUGGUCAAGGAGAAGCCUUCGACAACUGUGCCAUGUUGACUCAAAUGCUCACUUGGGUUUGCUGAUGCCUUAAAACGAAUAAUUGUUGUUGUGUUUUUGUUCCAAACUUUUGAAAUUGCAUUAUGAUAAUAAAGAUAAUAAAGAAGUUACUAUUGAACGUCCAUUUUUGUUAUUUGAAAUCUUUUUCUCGCUCAUUCAUGGCUGCGAGUCCAAUAAUUCUCUUCGCUAGCGCUGUCCGUCCAAACGCUCUUCCAAUUGUCGUAUAACAAAGCUGCCGAGUACAUUAUCGAUGGUAAAUUCUGAUUUUUCUCACUCUCAAUCAACACAAUGAGUUCUACCAGUCAGAUAUUCUUGCAAUUUUGCGGUAAGUCAAAACACAUUUUGUUCAUUAAUUUUUUGCAGUCUUGCCACGACCGAUCGCAUGGACGAUGACUUCUGGAGUGCUGAAAAACGAGGCGCCGCUACCGAAAGAGCUUUCCUGGCGGCCACGAUUCUCUCCAAACGUCGUCAGCAUCCGGAGAGAUUCCCGGGGAAUUCUGGAUUCCAAAUCACCCGCCUUCUGCUGAUCUUCUACGCUGAUUUCCCCGCAAUCACGUUGAUUAGAAUCGGGCGAAUUGUGAUGGAUUCGAAAUUGUAUUGAUUGUACUGAUAAUAUAGUUGUCCGAUAAUCCUCUCAACAAGCAUUUCUAGAACCCCUCUAGUUUCAUGAGUCGAAGGUGAUUUUGCGGAUGAGUUCAGAGAAAGAGAGAGAGGGAGUUGACUUCUUGCAUAGCAAUAACGUCUAUUUCGUCUAAAUGACUAUUUCUGCCUUUAUAUACCCCUGUGGGCGUGGCCAUUCUAAUCAGUGGGCGUGGCUACUGCACCUGGCUUUUCCUUCUUCCCACGGUGCCACGACGUUUCGAAAUCCCAAUCGUACUUUCCCAUCAGAGUCCUUUGUCAGCUUUCUUAUCACUAAUCUCCCCCGGUAAUCAAGACCGCAGGCGUGGGAAUUUCAGCUUCAAGCGGAUUUGCGGCAAAUUUCAAAGCAACCGACUUAAUUACAGACGGAGAUUAGUGAUAAGGCCGCCGAUAAAGGACUCCGAUGGGAAAGUACGAUUGGGUAGCUUUUUCUCGGUCAUUACACCCAACAUACUAUUUACAGCCAGGAAAACCGCAAGCGGACUGUCUCGUCAUCCAGUACGCGUCUGUGGAGCAAGACUGUCGCGAUCCGAAAGCGCCGUUUGCGGGCGGAAAUUGUUGCGAAGCCCCAGAACUUCGUACGACUCGGUACGAACAGAUCGGCUUCGCAUCUUCUUUCAUUCCGUUGCCACCGGAGAAUCCUCGUUCUCCCCCGGCCGAUGAACCGAGCGCUCAAUAA